ACUUAAAAAAAUGAAUUUUUCAUGUUGGUAAUAAAAAAAACUCAAUUGGAAUAUCAAAUUACAACAUGAAUACUCUUUUAUAUAAUAGCUUGUUCUUUUACUAAUGCAAUUAGCAUCUUUAUUUAUUGAAUUUAUGAUCUAUUUCAAUACUAAAAGUUAUUAACGUUUGAGUUUCUAAUCUUUUGUAACCAGAUGUUAAAUUGUUAUGGUAUUGCUUUCCUUUUGGUGUUUUUGUCAUUUAUUACAAUAAUAAAUGCAAGUGCUGGUGAUGCCGAUCCACAUUACAAGAUAUGUGUAAAUCAAUGUGAGGAAACAGGAUGCUUUAGGGAAAAAUGUUUCCCAAAUUGUAAAUUUUCUUUAGAUGAAGUCCCCAAUAUUGGUCAUCCAUGGAACAUGUUAGAACCACUUUAUGUACAUUGGAAAAAAGGGGAUUGCCAAAGUAAUUGCCAAUACUAUUGCAUGCUUGAUAAAGAGAAAGAAAGGGAGUUGCAUAGUAAAGGUCUACAAAAAUACUAUGGUAAAUGGCCCUUUAAGAGUAUCUAUGGGAUACAGGAGCCUGCUUCUAUGGCUUUCUCUGUCCUCAACCUUGUAAUGCAUUUUCAUGGUUGGAUGUCCUUUUUCACUCUUCUAUACAAUCAACUUCCUCUUAAGGCAGGAAAGAGGCCCUACUAUGAAUAUGCUAGUUUGUGGCAUGUUUAUGGGUUAUUGUCACUAAACUCUUGGUUUUGGAGUGUUAUUUUUCAUACUAGAUAUUGUGAGUUAAUAGAAAGACUAGACUACUCUUCUACGGUGGCUUUACUUGGAUAUUCCUUCAUUGUGGCCAUAUUACGAAGCUUCAAUGUAAAAGACGAAGCUACUAGAGUUAUGAUUUCUGCUCCAUUGAUAUCUUUUGUGAUCACUCAUAUAAUGUACCUCAACUUCUUUAAAUUAGACCACGAAUGGAAUUUGAAAGUUUGUGUACUGAUAAAUGUAGCACAACUUGCUACAUGGGCAAUUUGGAGUGGCGUUAGUCACCAUCCCUCACGGUGGAAGCAUCGAUUUGUUGUUCUUUUUGGUGGCUUUGCAAUGUUCCUAGAGAUAUAUGAUUUCCCUCCAUAUGAAGGACUUGUAGAUGCACAUGCUCUUAGGCAUGCCAUUACUAUUCCUCUUACCUAUCUUUUGUGGAGUUUCAUUAGGGAUGAUGCUACAUUUUUAACCUCUAAACGUUUAGAUAAUUCCAAAAAAUCUAAGUAGCUUCUAUUCAUUUGGAAGUUCUAACAAAUUUAGAUGCCCAUUACUUAGUUUUGUAAUCGUAGUUGGGAAAAUGAUGGUUAAUUUAUAUAAUGUUUUCUUUA